AUGUCUUUCACUCAGGGAUCUAUAUUCAAACCAAGACAAUCGAGCCGUUCUCCAAUUGCAGAUAAUGGCAUAGCCAGCUCUAACGAGUCAGCAACAGGGAAUGGAAAAUCAGUGUUUGAAUUGACAAAGAAUAAAAAGUAUUGUGUCUCCAGACUACCAGCACUACCAGCAGUAUUAGAAACUGAUAGUUCGGAUAAUAUAUUAAAUGGAUAUUCUGAUAGUGCAUCUAAUUAUGCGCUUGUUAUUAAUGAGAAAGCAAUUCACGUUUGGAAUUACAGUUCUACAGAUACAACUCCUUUAUCAAUUCAAUUUCCAUUAGAUCGUAGUUCAGAAUCGUUGUUGCCUUUAGCUAUACUAACUCGUCCUUCGAGUGGAGCUAGUCAAGAUCCGGGGUUAGUAAUUAUUGAUUCUUCAUCAGGACUAGUUAAAUUUUACGAAAGUGUGCAACAUGCACCAGCAUUGGGAUUGAUUAACAAUAAAUUGUUGGAGUUGACAAUUCCAUUAAAUAGCAAUAAAGGCGAGUACAUAACUUUAGCUGAAAACGUGGAACCAGCAGGUAUUGUGAUUGCUACAUCAUGGAAAAGAUGUAUAUUAAUAUCAUUGAGAGAUUUUAAAAGUAAACCACAAUUAUCAUAUAUUGAACUCUUAGGACCAUCGCAUUCUGGGGGAUUUCUCUCAUCUAUCUUUAAUGGGUUCAAUAAUCACAUGGAUUACAAUGGUACUUUGAAAGAUGAAAUUGUGAGUAUAAAAUCAGGCAAAAUUGCAAAUCAUGGUAUGACACAAGAAAUUAUUAUUCAAGACUCAGUUGGUGGAUUUAACCUUUUUUCAUAUAAUUUGUUUUCCGCAAAUGCAGUUCCAUACAUCGAAAAGAAGAAGACCUUAAAACAAAACCUCGGGGUUUAUUUAGAAAACAGCAUUGAUGGAUUUCUUCCUGGUUCCAGCUUAAACACCAAAUUUUUGGAUUUGUGGCCAUUAGAAUCGCAAGAACUUCAGGAUAUAUACUUGGGAUUAUGUCUUAUUGAUGAAGCAUAUCGUGAUAACGAAGGCAAAAAUCUUCUCUUAGUGACUAUGAAAAUUGAUGAAACAGGUGUAUUAUUUUAUGGUUCCCAUAAAUUGAUCAGAUACGACCCUAAUUUGACUAUUUCUUCAAAUAAUAAACCAAAAUUAUAUGUUCCAGACCUGGGUAAAACAGCUUUUAUUACAUUCGAUAGUUCAGUGAUUUUAACAGAUAUCAAUACAUCGUAUAUCCAAUCGCAGGGUACAGUUCAAUAUUAUAAACCUAGAUGGGAAGACAUAGUGAAGUUGAAGUCGAGCGUCCAAGUGAUUGGACAAGGAUACGAAAAUAAAUCAAGCAAUACCAAUCCCGCUGUCAUAUUAUUAACAAAUAAUUCUGGUGUAUUACGAGUAGAAAGAUUUCCGGAACAAUCUAACAAUGAAAUGGAAAUAGAUGAAGAAGAAGAUGUUGUUGAUCCAAUACAGAUAGCCAAGUCACAUAUAGAACAGGCAAUAUUUUAUUCGAAAUCUUCGGCUAUAGAAUUUGAUAUUAAGGAGGAAUAUUCAAAUGACAUAAUUAUUGAAGCUCUUAAAAGAGUUUUAGAUGAAAUUUUGGAUUCUACAUCUCCGUACUUACCUGUCUUUUUACCAUCUAUCAAAGACUUUUUAUCUAUGAAAUCAAAACUAUAUCACGGUUUGAUACAUUAUACAAAGAGGAAUUUUUUACCACUCUGGGGUGAUAUUGGUCCACAAAUCACUGAAUAUUUGGAGAAAAUCGAAGUUGCUUUAAGUUUAUGGAUAUUUAUUAAUGAGGGAAGUGCUACAGAAAAAUUGAAAGGGGUUUUUAAAGAAUCUAUACUUGAAGUGGACGCGGUGAAAAUUUCUAAAGAUGAAGAUCUUAUUCGUAAAUUUUUUAGUCAAGGAUUAUCAUCAAUUAAUCAGGUUUUGACUACAUUCAUCGAGAAAUUGAUACAAAUUGACUACUCUUUAACAAGUAUAAUGGACUUAAUUGUUAAAACAAUGUAUAAUGGAGUAUACGAGAACGAUUCCCGUUACAUCGUUGGAAGCGAGGUACCAAGUUUUAAGUUAUGGAUUUUUGAGACCUCUUUACUUUUAAGAAUCGAAGAAGUCUUUAGUAAAUUAUAUUGCAAUAACAGUAAAGACCAUGAAGAUAUUUCAACACAACAGACGCGAUCUAUUUUGAUUCAAUCUUGUGAAGUUCUAUAUUAUUUCGUUACAAGUGCUAUUAAUUUCAUGAAAGAACAAGAAGGAAAUAGUGACCAACUCAAGGAAUAUAUAAGAUGGUAUAAAUCACGGAAAUUCGAUUGGAUUGAAGCUUUAAUAAGACGUAGUUUGGAUAAAGAGGCUAUUGCAAUAGCUGAAAAGUAUCAUGAUUUAUCUUCAUUAGCUCAAAUUUUGGAAGCUGAAAAAUCAGCUAUUAUUGAAAAAUAUGGAGAGAACAGCAAGGAGUUUGAUAAUUUGUUGAGCAGAUAUUCUUAUUAUUUUGAGAAAUUUCAAUACGAGUUUGCAUCCAAUUUAUUUGAUUUCUACAUAAAGAACGAUAAAAUCCAAUCUCUUUUAGUUGGUUUUGAGAAUUAUAAUCAUUAUGUCGAAGAAUACUUCGCUAAGAAUAACAAAAAGACUUCAGAAAUUUCUUGGAUUCGUAGCCUCUUGGACAAAAAUUUUGUUCAAGGAGCAGAAACUCUAAUUGAGUCAGCACGUUCAAAGAGUGAAGAUUUACAAGAGAAUAUAGAAUUGAAAUAUUCUCUUGCUAAGUUAUCGGCUAUUGCAGCUAAAAACUCUGAUGCAAUGACUGACAACAAUAGAUUAGAAGAUCUAUUAUAUGAUGCAGAGAACAAUUUAAUCCUCAUCAGGAUUCAAAAGCAUCUAUACCUGGAGUUGUUAAAUUUUGUUUCCGGUCAGAAAGGCUUAUUAAAUUUGGAUUACGUUUUGAAGAACUUUAUAAAUGAUUCUCUUGACCAUACUACUUCGAAGAAUUUGAUAGAACCUUUUUUCCAACAGUUUUUGGAAAAUAGGCCAUUGAACCCAAAGCAAUUAAUAACUUUAUUGAUUCUGAUUAAACAGUAUUCUGGCUUUGUGAAUGGCUUUUCUAAUGCCUUGAAAGUGGCAUCCUUGAUUACUAACGAACAUGAAUACAGGCUUCAAGCUAAAAUGAUUUGGUUAAGGUUGCUUACUUCGACUGAUGAUUGGUCAACUUUAGCAAAGACAGAGAAUAAAACUGAUGAGUAUACUAAACAGAAGAUUCAUGACUCCAUAUUGUACAAAACGAUCUCAUAUCUUGGAGCAGAAAGCGAGCUCUUGAAUGAAUUGGAUGAACUAUUAUUGCAUUACACGGAAGGUCUUGAUGAUGACAGAGAAGAUAAUUUAGUUAAAAGUCUUAAUGCAAAGUAUUUGGAAACAUUGCAAGUCUAUGUUACUAACUACAAUUUGAAAACCUGGAUUAUGUCCAUUAAACAAGAAGUUAAGAACAACACUUCUACCGAGGUAUUUAAGUCCAAUACUAAAUAG